AUGAUACUAUUGUCAAUUGCUAUAUUAAAUGUUAUCGAUCUCGUCGGUGGCAAUCAACGAAAUCAUCAUCGCAAUAUCAUUUGUAACAAUGGUAGUUCAAUCGGUGGUCGAUGUAUAUGUAUAAGGGGCUAUAGUGGUACUUACUGCAAUCGUGUCAUGCACUGCAAGUUUAAUAAAUUUCAAUCGAAUGGAAGUUGCGUCGAUUGCUCGGAUGGUUGGAAAGGUAUUAAUUGUGAUCAAAUUCAGUGCAUUCAUGGUGUAUCGGAUGAAAGUGGACAAAAUUGUAUAUGUGAGAUGCCAUAUAGCGGACAAUUCUGCAAAUCCUUAGAGACAUCCGAUGUUUACUUUUAUUACAAUCAAAAGGUUUAUCAAUUUGGACCAAUUGGCGCUUUAUCAAUAUUACCGCUUCUGGUGAUUUUGUUUGGAUGUGAACGAACAGCUCAAUCACGAAGAAUUAAACGUAUCGAAAAGCAUCUCUACGAGCAGAACAUAAUAGUUAAUCGCCAUAAGAUAUCGACAUUUCUCACCAGAAAGACAAAAAUGACCAGUAAUUAA